AUGAGAUUUAAUGAAAAAUAUUUAAAUCCAUCCAUUAAAUAUAAAGGAAAGUGUUUAAUGUUACGGGAUUGCUUCUCAUACAAAGGUGUUGGUAAAAUAGAAAUGAUUAAGUUUAAAAUGACAACUAUGUUAUAUACUCAAUUUUUAAACAAAAAUUCAUGUUUAUCUAUAAAAAUUUGGACAUGGGUGACGAUUUUAUCUUAUAACAUGAUAAUUAUCUAA